AGGCUCCAGAGUGUGCAGAAGAAGACCAGCACCAUGUCUCUGACCAUCUCCUCCUCUUCCUCUGCAUCCUCCUCUCGAGAGCUCUCCUCCCUCUCCUCCAGCUCGUCAUCCUCCUCCAGCUUCCUCGCCCAGAGACACUCCAGCCUGGUGCAGCCGCUGUGUGUCAGCCCUCAGACGACUCAGAGUCCCAUCUACAAUCAGCAGUAUUCAGGGACUGGAGUGGCUCCUACUUUUGUUAAGUGCCUCCAUGAUGUGUCCACAGUGAACGGUCAGCUGGUGGUGCUGGAGUGCAGACUGAGGGGAACUCCACCCCUGCAGGUCAUGUGGUACCGAGAGGACGAACAAAUCCUGGACUCUGAUGAUUUCAGGAUACUGCGCAAGAAGGCCAGUUCUGCAUCAGUGCCGGAGGAGCUGUGCACACUGGUGAUCACAGAGGCUUUUCCUGAAGACUCAGGUCUGUUUAAAUGCGUCGUCAUUAACCACUUCGGCACCGUGUCCUGCUCAGCCAUUCUGGACGUUUACAACGACCUGGAGGAGCAGCAGGAGAUGGAGGUCAUACGUCAGCAGGAAGCUUUUUCUAUCAGGAAAGAAAAAGAAUUGUCCAGGAAAAUCAGCGAGGACUUUCCUCCUGUGCUGCCCGACUGUGUGAACCUGCCUCCUCCUGAGUGGCCUGAGAGCCCUCCAGAGGACAGCAUCCCUGUUGCAGAUUUCCCAGAGCGUCAGCCGGCCAAUCACUCCUCUGAAGAACCAUUUGGUCGCAGCGAGGAGGAGAGUGCCUUCAGCUCAGAGGGGCAAAGGUCACCGGAGGUCAUUGUCCAAGCCUGUACGCCCAGCCCUCCACCUCCACCCUCACCGCUACCUCCAGAACAAGUCAAAGAGAAAGCCCAGACAACCAAGCUGUUCACCCCAAGCAGGCUCACUUUCACAUCCUCCCAGUCAGGAGGCAACAACAUGAACCUGUCGGACCUCCCCAGCUUCACUCCCAGCGCUUUCCCUCCCAGUGCCUUCAACUAUGAGCGACCAAGGCAUUUUAUUCAGUCGCAGCCGGCCUUCCAGGCACCCAGCUAUGAAAGUGUGCUGAGGGAGGCCCAGGAGAACCAGAACAACUCCCAACAGAACCUGAGCAGUGCCCAGAGUAGUCAGAAUGUUGUGGAGACACAGAUUCAAAAUAAAUCGGUGUCGGCACACAGUCAGUCAUUCUGUCAAACUCAGUCCGUGUCCAAGUCUGUGUCUCAGACUCAGUCCCAGUUUCAGUCACUGAGUCUCGGUCAGAAUCAAACCCAGUCGGUGUCCCAGACGCAGAUCCAGACUCAGGCCAACGGAACAGGGAAGUCCUCCCCAUCCUCCUCCAGCCUCAGCUCUCCUAUUACUACCCCUGCAUCCUCCACUGCACCUCCUCUUCCCACCGCCACCCCUUUACUCAGCCCUUCUGCCUCCUCCUCCUCCUCACCCUUCCCAGCCUCCUCAUCCACCCUCCCUCGCACCACCAUGCGCUCCACCAUCACCCUCACCCCCAGCAACCCCAGUGCCACAGGUCUGGGCAGCGCCACCUUGCCGGCUAACCAGGACUCCCUGUCGGCCUCUGCUGCCUACCUCUGCUCAGUCCUGCCCUCCCAGUCCCCCUUCUCCCCUCUCUCCUCCAAACUGUCUCCCAACUCCAGCCUUCCCCAUCCCUCCCCAUCCCGCUCCCCACUGGCACCCUCCAGCCCUCUCCUCCCCAUGAGGGCCUCUUCCUCUCCAUCCUCCCUCCCUCACCAGCCUCUCCCAGUGUCCCCCUCCCUCCCUCACUCCCCUCUCUCUCCUCCCUCCUCCUCCCCCUCUCUCCCCCAACCAAACACUCCCAACAGUCAGAACAGGGUCCCACCAGCUGUGGUCUCUCUGCCCGCCAGCUAUAAAGGGACGCCAAGCAUCCUUCCUAAACCCAUCCUGAAGAAGUCUGUGGCUCCUCGACCUUCCUCUUCUCGCUCCACAGAUGAAGACAUCCAGGGCUCCAAAGACGCCCUGAUUCAGGAUCUGGAAAAGAAGCUUCGCUCAAAGGAGGCCAGGAGGAGAAACAACCAGAAACUAUCCUAUGAGGAGCGUAUGGCUCGCAGACUGUUGGGUCCAGACAACGCUACCUACAUGUUUGACCAAGAUAAUCUUUCAGACUCACAACUCGACCAGCCAGAAUCACCAGAAGGAAGACACACAGGUGGACUAUGGGGGAGGCGCCACUCAGGGACAGACGAGAGGGGUAAUGAGGGAUCAGCUAUCCAGGAGAAAUGUUACGCUCCUCGCUUUCUGCAGAUCCCCUCAGACCUCACAGUAGAGGAGGGACGCUUCUGUAGGAUCGACUUCAAGGUUGGAGGCCUCCCGACACCAGACCUGUGCUGGUACCUGGACGGUAAAGCCAUCCGUCCAGACGACUACCACAAGAUGCUGGUGUGUGAAAAAGGGAUGCACUCAUUCAUCAUAGAGAUCGUCACAGUGCAUCAUGCGGGCGUUUACGAGUGUGUGGCCAGAAACCGAGCCGGGGAGAGCAGAUUCACCAUGAGGCUCGAUGUAUUAGCUCAGGAAGUUCUUCGUCCUCCCACCUUCGUCCAGAAGAUGUUGAACUCCAGAGCUCUAGAGGGCGACACUGUUAGGUUAGAGUGUAAAGUGGAUGCUUCUCCUCCGCCGCAGCUUUUCUGGAAGAAAGAUAAAGAUAUGCUGCGCAUUGACCCCAACAGAAUGAGUCUGUACCAGGACGGCUCCGGCCGGCAGUGCUUGUUGAUAGAGAGGCUGAUGAAGUCCGAUGCCGGCUGGUACACUCUCUCUGCCAUUAAUGAAGCCGGCAUGUCCACAUGCAACGCCAGGCUGGAUGUCGGCACUCGUACGACCCCGGCCAUGAAAACGGCGCCCCCUGGCUCCAAGACCCUGAAGCUGCUGUCGUCUCUGAGCCACGUUCCUGCUCUGACGGUGGAGAGUCCGGCCCAGCACACCGCCCCGCUGUACGAGAGUGAAGAGCUGUAGGCCCAAACACCCGCACCCUCCACUAACACCACCUAUGAACUGUAGAACUGGGCUGUAGCGUCAGGGCAGAAACGGCUCCAUGAGCACAGAUCAGUAGCACCGCAGCACACAUCUCAGAAUAGUUUAGAACAGACUUCAUUAAACCAGCAACACUGGGGUUGAAAGGCAGAUAAGCUUUGCCAGACUGAGGUUACAGUAUGAGAAGAUAUAAUAACUGACAACAACACGGUCAACAGAAAGUUCCUCCAUCCUCCAGAGGUUUAGUGAUAUUCACAACUGCUCCUUUAAAGGUCGUUUUACCUUUAAGAACACUUGGGAGCCACUUUGUUCAACUGUUUCCAUAGUUCAGGACUCUUCAUGUCGUCCAUCUGCUGCUGUUUGUCACCGCUGUCUCUGCCUUUCUGUCUCUGCCUGUCUGUUUGUCGUUUGAUGAGCCUUUAAGUCUCCCUGCUCUGCUUCACUUUCUCCUGCCUGUCCCAGAAUGCUGCGCCUCGGUCACGACGUAUUAAUAGACCUGGGUAUGGGUGGCAGAGGCAGCCCCGGUGCCAGGUUUAGUCCCAGGGGCCAACCUUAAUGCUGCAGCACAAGCUCCUGUAGUCUGUGUUCCCCUUAGAACAGUGAUGACAGAACAAAUGUGCUGUUUAUUUUGAACGAGGAUUUAGUAUUUGCAGGCCUUAACCUUAAGUCUGUGGUACAAGCAGACUGAGCCAGAGAAAGGACACUAGUUCAUAGAGGAUGUUCACAGUGCUGGAAGAGAGCAGUCUGUCUUUGUUUGCAGGGCUCCACAGCAAAGCAAAAAAUCUGUCACACUAAUGCAACAACAGACCUGUUUGUGUCUCUGAGUGGCCUGCACAGGUAGACAAACUCACCUAGUUUCAACUUAGCUCUUUAAUUCUGUCAUUUCAACUUGAAUUGAUGCACUAGAGGCUUCUCUGUGCACAGUACAUCUAGUAGCAUCAACUGAGUUAUAAUGCGAGGUGUUGAGGAGACAUCUGUGAAUUGUAGCUUCAGCUAAACAACCAGGGUUGCACUGUUCCUCUCUGAAGUGCAUGAAGCUCCGUGCACACUGAUCACCCACCACCACUGAGUUCUGAAUCUGCGGCCAACACUUGGCUUUGCAUUUACUGCAGAGAGCACCCAAAGUAUGCCAAUGAACGGGAGCUUUGCUGUGAGAGCCUCAGCAUUCUGAAUUAAAAUGUCUCAAAGGAACCUAUUCCAUGUGGCACAUUAGUGGCUUUUUUAUUUGCUUUGUUUAAUUUAACCAGGAGAAAUCCCAGUGAGAUUAAUGACCUCUUUUGCAAAGGAGUCCUAGCCAAGAUAGGCAGCAGCAAAUAGUUACAAAAUUACCCUUAAAACACAAACAAAUAGAAAAUAAAAUUUACAAGUAAGUUAUGAAAAACAAGGGGAUGUAGUGGAUUCAGCCUCAAGAACUCACAGUUUGCAGCAAAGUGAAGCAUAAAUGAAAAUCAAAUUUACCACUGCCUGUACUAAAGCCAAUAAGAAGUCUCAGAUCAUCCUCAUGAAAAAUAUUUACCUGCAACUUUGGUUCUGUUUACAAUCAUGAUUUUAUCUCAGUGUGUCCAGAGUUCACUCAUUGGUAUUUCUUGGCUUGGAGUGGUAAAAAUAAAAAGAGUUUUCUGCAUUAAAUGUUGCUCUAAACUAAUUUUCUGUGAAACUUUUAACAUGUAAGAGAAACCGAUAAUUAAAUGAAUGCAUAAAAUGUAACCGUGACACCAGAAGCCACAGUGAGAAACCGUUGAUGUAAAACAUUAGUGUGGAGCCCUGCUCUGGACUGCUCUCUUCCAUGCUCUAGAAAAUAAACUACUGUACCCACAAUCCAUCAGUGCCACCGCCUGUCACACUGCACUUCAAUCCUGACAUCUGUCAUCCAGUACCUGCCCGUCUUUCCUCCUUUUCAGCUUUUCCUGAAUCCCUCCUGAUUAAUAUUUGCGCCUCCACAUGCUGCCUCUUUCAUGUCUGUGAAGCUGCUUUACCUCCAAAAGAAACUCACAUUUUCAUACUCAUCCUGCUCAGACUCUCUGCUGUGGUAAAUUCAGCCUCGUUUGUGUUUUUAGAAGUUGCUCUUCUACAGUGUAAUGUGUACGUGAAUGAAGCUAUUUAUUUAAACUGGAGUUAGUUAUCAGUGUUGCCUCUCUGCAAUCAGAGAUCCAUAAUAAUAAUAAUAAUGUCAUCAGGCUGCCAUCCUGAUACCCGACUGAACACGAAACCCGUCUGCACUCACAGCUCCAUUCAGACCUGUUAUGUUUACAUUUGAUCACAUCUGCAGUGCAGAUUAAGACGUUUUACACUUCCCUUCAAACAAAGAAAACCAUCACUGCUCUCUUUAAAUGCAUGUUUGUAUCAUUAAUGUCAGUUUGGAUCAGUUUGGCAGCCUGCAGACUCUCCAUGACUGAGCUUUUACUUUAUAAACACAUCUAUGAAAAAGAAGCUUGAGUUGCCUGCUUAUCUUGGAAGUGCUUGUCCUUACCAGCCUGGAGCUUGUUUAAAAUAAAUGGAAACUUGUAUUUUUAGCUGGAUCUGCAUCCAAGUGAAAAUGUGGCUUUUAAACCCUGUGUAUCCAGAGUUCACUCACAGGUAUUUCUGGACCUCAGGUGGUGAAAAAAAGCUGCAUUUUCUGGCUUAAAUGUUGCCCCUGUUGUUCCCAUAUAAACGGAUGUGUUUGGGCGGAAGUUACACAGAUUGGAUUUGCUCGAAGCACAAGAGGAAGUUUUAAUUGUGCAGGUAGUCGUGUGUGUUUCUCCUUAAGUACUGUUUGUUGUGUAAGAACAUAUCACUGGAUGAAUGAGGAAUAAAAUCUAUGCGACAUUG